CAGUUAGUUAUAGAAAUAUUUUCAAGAUGAAAUCGCUUUUCUCUCUGUGCCUGCUGCUCGGUUUGGCUUUAAGCCAAGUUAGUGCUAGUUGCCCGGAGAGCUGUCCUGAUACGGAGGAUGUGGUGUGGGCCCUUGGAGGCGGAUGCAAUGUUUUCCGCAAUAAAUGCUACUUUGACAAGGCGAACUGUAAUCCAGAUUAUGAGUUGACUAUCACCACCAAGGAGGAGUGCCAAAAGCAUUGCGCCGAUGCUUGUCCUGCAGUUUACCAGCCCACAAGUGGAGUUUAUAAGGGGCAGGUGCGAAACUUUAGCAAUGAGUGCCAAAAGUUUAUUCACACCUGUCGGACUGGCGAAACUUUUUUGUAGGGCUAUAUGGUUGUGUGAUUGAAUGAUUGAACUAAGAAUUCAAAUAAAGAUAUUUUCGAGUUCUUGUUCCAUAAAUAAAACAAAUACGCUUUAGUUCUAAGUGCGCAUUGUGUUCCUGUCUGAUGAACAUUGAAUUGUUUAGACUUAAUGAUAAAGAAGCAACUGAAGGGGGAUCACAAGCGUCUUUAAAAAGUGUUAAUUACGUAUGUAUGACGUUAACAAACAAAAAACCCCCACACAUCUGGCAGUUUCUGCCGUUUGAAUAAAUUAAAAUCGAUAAAACUUAACGAAGACGCGCCUCCAAGCAAACAAAAACCUUUAUAAGUUGAGGAAGCGAACGAUCUGCUCAGUUCAU